GACAUGAAACUUUGACGUUUCACAGCACAUGCUCUGAAAUGUCAAAACAAUACACAUUGAAGUGGUACAGUAGCACAUCGUUUUGUUUGUAAUUAGAAUUCAUCCAAACGGAUUUGUUCCUAUUGAAAAUUCGAAAAAUGAGUGAAAAUCCAGAAAUCGAAAUUAAUUCAUCGGAGCUAAAACCUGAAUCGGACGGCGACAAUAAAGUUGAAAUCAAACUUAGUGAAACACCAACCGAGCCAAAAAUGAGCACAGAAAAUGGGCAAACCAAUCGUGGUGAAGUUCUAUCGAAACGUAAACAGAAGAAGUUGUUAAAAAUGGCCAAAUGGGAAGAGCAGAAAAAGAUCAAGCGACAAAAGGAGAAGGAAAAAAAGCGAGAGAAGCGAGCCAAAGAAGUGGAGCUGGGCAUCCUUGGACCAAGUUACAAGCGUAAAUUAUUGAAGGCAAAUAAAAUGGAAAACAGUACGAAUUUAGUGAGUGUGGCGAUCGAUUUCGAUUACGACGAACUGAUGCUGGAUAAAGAUAUCGCCAAGUGUUCCAAACAAAUGUUACGCGUAUACACCGAAAAUCGACGGUCAAAUAUGCCAAUUCGACUGCAUUUUACGAGCAUCCGAGAAAAUAGUCGCAUCAAAAAUUCACUCAGUCGCAACGAUGGGUACACAAAUUGGGACGUGAAAAUCCAUGAGAAACCCUAUUAUGAAUUAUUUGAUCACAAUUCAAUCGUGUAUCUGUCCAGUGAUUCGGAAAAUGUGCUGAAUGAACUCGAUCCGAAUGCCGUGUACAUUAUUGGCGGGCUAGUUGAUCACAACCACCAUAAGGGACUGUCUUUGGAACGAGCUGAAGAAAAGGGCUUCAAAACAGCUCGACUACCGCUCAGCGAACAUAUCGAAAUGAAAACGAGGAGCGUGUUGACAAUCGUUCAUGUGUUUGAAAUUUUGUUGAGAAUUUCUGAAGGAAAACCGUGGAAAGAAACGCUGCUGCAAGUUCUGCCACAACGAAAAUUCAAACCGAACGGCAAGCGGAAGCACAGUGAUUCGGGCAGUCAAGUGGAUAAUGACGAGGAAACUACGAGUAAAGACCAACAACCAGUAGAAAAAAAGUCCAGUCUUGAAGAGGAAACCAACGACAAUACUGUGUCAACAAUUUGAAUAUGAAAUGUUGUUUUAUUUAAUAAAAAAAGAUGGUUAUAAGAAAAAAAAAAGAAAAAAAA